CAAAAAAACCAACCACCUCCAUAUUCUCUAUGUCGAAGCUAUCGGCCAUUCUGAAGGCAAGAAAGGGGCAAUUGAAAAAUAAAAAAGAUGGUAAAAUAAAGAAAACUUCUUCCAAGCCUACCAAUUCCAUAGGAACACAAAAAAAGUUAGAUUCUAAAAAAGGUCUGCAAAAUGAGGUGAAGGAGUUGUUGAACAAAUCCAAAACUGAACCUCUCAGUUCUGAGGAUGAAGAUGUCACCAUGGAUGAUUUUUUGAAUGGUGAUUUUGAUGAAUCUAGUUUGGACAAGUCAGCUACUUCAGGAAAAAACACCAAGCCAUCUGAAGAACGUCGGGAGUCUGCAAAGGAGUCAUCCCAGCCAAAAAAGAAUAUAAAACCAAAAACUGUUCAGGAAGAAGACGAAAGUAGUUCUUCUGAUGAAGAAGAAGUAGACGCAGAGCAAUAUCGAGAGCAACUUGAUUCGUUGAAGGAGAAAGAUCCUGACUUUUACAAUUAUUUGAAAAAAAAUGACAGUGAUCUUUUAGAAUUCAAUGCAGAUGAAGCAGCUCAAGAAGAUGAGGCCGAGGCAGAGGAAGGCAAACGGUCUAGUGAAGGAAAAACAGAAAUUACUAUGGAUAUGCUGAAUAAAUGGCGGGAUAAUUUGAGUAGUCAAAAGUCCUUGACAACUUUACAAAAAGUUAUUCAAGCUUUUAAAGCCGCUGCUUAUUUGAAUGAGGAGGAAGGAAUGAAUCUUAAGUAUACGAUAACAGAUUCUAGGGUAUUCAAUGACUUAUUAUUGUUAGCUAUUCAAUCUGUUCCUCAGGUGUUAAAUCAUCAUAUUCCUCUGCAAACAGAAAAAAAUGGCAGAAAGGUUGUGAAUACCGACAAUAAGGUUUUGUCUCGUCUCAGUCCUAUAUUGAAGUCUUAUGGUUUCUCUGUCUUGCGAUUAUUGGAAGGGAUGACUGAUGCUAAAAACAUUUCCCUACUACUUCGCGAAACUCAAAAUGUGCUUCCCUAUAUGAUUACUUAUCGAAAAUUUUUGAAACAGUUUGUUGAAGCUGUCGUUGAAGUCUGGAGCACCAACCGCGAUGAUUCUGUUAGAGUUUCAUGUGUUUUUGUUUUGCGAAGUGUUUGCCUGACAGCCGAUUUAACUUUGUUAGAGUUUGCUUUUAAGCAUAUGUAUUUAACUAUGAUUCGUAUCAGCUCUUAUACGACUGUUCACACUCUAGCAGCUAUUAAUUUUAUGAAAAAUAGUUGCGCGGAUAUAUUUUUGUUGAAUCCAGAAAGUUGUUAUUUAAUUGCAUUUCGAUAUAUUCGACAACUUGCUAUUACCCUCAGAAAUACAAUUCACCAGCCAAAGCCAGAGACUCGGAAGCUUGUACAAAGUUGGUCAUAUGUACAUGCUAUUGACUUUUGGUCCCGUUUACUAAGUCGAGCCACCUGGUUGAGCCGUGAGAAGGGAUUGGCUGUCGAAAUGCAAUCUUUGGUAUACCCCUUAGUACAAAUUGCAUUGGGAGUAAUUACAACUUCUCCUUCAUCUCAAAUGUACCCUAUGCGAUUCCAUCUUUCACGAAGUCUUAUUUAUCUUUCUAGACAUACAGGUGUUUUUAUUCCAAUGGCUCCAGUCUUAUUUGAUGUCUUGGAUUCCCCUGAACUUUCGAGAAAACCUAAGCCCAGUACAUUGAAGCCUUUGGAUUGGGAAGUAGAGAUUCGUGCACCAACUGCUUACUUGAGAACUCGCGUUUAUCAAGAUGGCAUAACUAAUCAGCUACUGGAGUUGUUAGGGGAGUAUUAUGUGUUGUAUGCUACAAACGUUGCUUUUCCCGAAUUUGUUAUACCCGCAAUUGUUCGUGCUAAGCGCUUUGCAAAGAGAAGUAAGAAUGUCAAGCUUAAUCGUUCUCUUUUGACCUUGGUUCAGAAACUUGAACAGCAAAGUGAGUUUGUCUUAAGUCAUCGCGCUCAACAAAAAAUUAGCCCUGCUAACCUCGAUUCACUUGAUGCCUUUUUAGCAAACGAGGAAUGGGAAAAGACAUCAUUAGGUAUGUAUGUAGUCGCGCAACGUGAAAUCCGUGAAGAGCAGCGCAGACUUUUGCGUGAAGCAGUUUUGGAAGACCAAAAUCAUAAGGAAAAUAUGCGUUUAAAAAAGAAAGAAGCAUUGAAAAAUGGUGAUGACGACCUUAGUUCCGAAGGUGACGAGGAGGUUGAUUAAUCUUUAGGAAAAAGUGGAGUGUCUGAAAAAUGGAAAAUAUGUAUGGUAUUUGGGUUUUUAUAUAGGUUUUCAUUCAAUAAAAUUAGACUGUAAGGUUGUUUAUAAAAGAUUUAUAAGUUAGGAAAUCAAUCAGUUCUGUUGAUUUAUGA